ACAGAUAUGCUGGUCCCCCGAGUCUGGUCCUCUGUGAGGCCAGGGCUGAGCAGAGGCUUGUCCAGGACAGUGGGGAGCCGAGCAUCAGGGGAGGGGAAGAAGGUGGACAUUUCAGGCAUCUACCCCCCAGUGACCACCCCCUUCACUGCCACUGCAGAAGUGAAUUAUGGGAAAUUGGAGGAGAAUCUGCACAAACUGGGAACCUUUCCCUUCAAAGGCUUCGUGGUCCAGGGUUCCAAUGGCGAGUUCCCCUUCCUGACCAGCAGCGAGCGCCUGGAGGUGGUGAGCCGCGUACGCCAGGCCAUGCCCAAGGACAAGCUCCUGCUCGCUGGCUCCGGCUGCGAGUCCACUCAAGCCACAGUGGAGAUGACCGUGAGCAUGGCCCAAGUCGGGGCAGAUGCUGCCUUGGUGGUGACCCCUUGCUACUACCGUGGCCGCAUGAGCAGUGCUGCCCUCAUUCACCACUACACCAAGGUUGCUGACCUCUCCCCAAUCCCCGUGGUAUUGUACAGUGUCCCAGCCAACACAGGGCUGGAUCUGCCUGUGGACGCAGUGGUCACAUUGUCCCAGCACCCAAAUAUUGUGGGCCUCAAGGACAGCGGUGGUGAUGUGACCAGGAUCGGACUGAUUGUUCACAAGACCAGGAGCCAGGAUUUCCGGGUGUUGGCUGGGUCAGCUAGCUUCCUACUGGCCAGCUAUGCCUUGGGUGCUGUGGGGGGUGUGUGUGCCCUGGCCAAUGUCCUAGGGGCCCAGGUGUGCCAGCUGGAGCGACUCUGUCUCACAGGGCAAUGGGAAGAUGCCCAGAAGUUGCAGCACCGACUCAUUGAGCCAAACAGUGCGGUGACCCGGCGUUUUGGGAUCCCAGGGCUGAAGAAAACCAUGGAGUGGUUUGGCUACUACGGAGGCCCCUGUCGUGCUCCCCUACAGGAGCUGAGUCCCAUGGAGGAGGAGGCACUGCGCAUGGAUUUCACCAACAAUGGUUGGCUCUGAGAGAGGUGGGGAUGGGCCCAGCCUGAGCCCAUCUCAGUCUCCAGCCUUG